GUAGCCGUCCGGAACAUACCGCAGAUCGGCUCCAUCAGCCAGGUUGUGGUGCAGCUUCCUCAUGUGUUCCGGAGGCUGGAAGUUGAGAGCUUAACUUCAGUAAUAGAUAGAAGGUUCCAGUUCUUCAUUGACAAAGUUUUGCCUGAGUACCGUGACGCCAUCAUGUCGCACACACUCAUCUAUGUUCCAUCAUAUUUUGACUAUGUGCGUCUUCGAAAUUACUUCAAGAAAGAGGAGCUGAAUUUUGUCCACAUUUGUGAAUACACUAAAAAAGGUGGCAUCUGCAGAGCCAGGCGUUUCUUCCUCAAAGGAGAAAAGCAGUUCUUACUGCUCACUGAGCGCUUCCACUUUUACAAAAGGUACACAAUAAAAGGCAUUAAGAACCUCAUUUUCUACGAGUUACCAACCUAUCCCCACUUCUACAGUGAGAUUUGUAAUAUGAUGAAGGCUACAGACAGUGGAGUGGAUGCCACUUGGACCUGUACUGUCCUCUAUUCCAAGUAUGAUGCUCAGAAAUUGGCUGCUGUUGUUGGCAUAGAUCGCACAGCUCAAAUGCUACAGUCCAAAAAAAAUGUGCACCUCUUCAUUACAGGAGAAAAUGAAUAAACAACUUUGCAAUCUAGAGCCUGGGUGGACCUGGAUUUUGCUGCCUUGCAUCUGGAUAAGAUACUUUUUGAUGCUGCUUUUUAACAAAGUGUUCAUUUUCUAUUUCUUUUACUAAUUAUCUUGUUGAAAUGCUUCUUUAUAGUAUUAAAAUUUAUUCUAGUCCAACAUGAAAAGGGAAGAUACUAUUCAAAAAAGCAGUAGAUGGCCAGUUUCUUCUGUGUGUAAACAAAAUCAAUUCAAAAUUCCUCUCCACUGACUUUUGUGUUUAAACUCACUGUUCGGUGAAGAUUGGUGGUGUUAAGAUGCCUUUUGAUUUGAUUCUUCCUCUUUUCAGGUAUAGUAAACUUGCCUCCUUUCAUCAAAGGCACUUUUCCCUUUUAAUCCGGGGAAGAAUUUACCCCUUGCACAAUAAGCAGUGCCUCAGUAAGGGAGGUGCAGGUGAAGCCUCAGCAGCCCCCACAUCCUGAUGAAUGAUGUCGAGCCAUUUGCCUCGGCUCGACCGAUGAACGUGCUCGGGUGGCAACUGGUUUGGCAUUUUUCCUGAGCAACCUAAAUACAUCUGCCUGCUAUUUAAAAUACUUAUUGCAGUCCCACUAAUGGGUCGGUUUCAGUAGAGAUACAUAUGUGGUAUUUAUAUA